UUUUUUUUCAAAAAUCUCAUUAAAUUCUACUAAGAGUUAUAAACUAAACAACAGACAUCCCACUCUAACAAUUCAGGGGUAAAUAGAACCUUUCAGACCUCCUCGACACCCACCUUGCCAGGCCGACCGAAGUCAGACGCCACGGCAAGGUAAAGAUCAUCACCACUCUCUAAAUCAACAGGAUGAGAUUCAAUCAAACACCGAGGCAUUGUCAAGUAUCAUCAUCACUGUCGAAGUAUAGGCGAGAAUAAAAAAGGCUUCACUUUAGGGCAUCGAGGACAUUAGGGUCAUCAGCAAGGUUGGGACUCUUGUCGCUUUCGUAAAAACUACAGAGUAGGGUCGUUUACUAUAGAAAUGCUGUUGGAAAGAGAAAAGUUAGUUAUCAUCAUCUCGUGAACAUCAACAUGUCGACCAUAGAGGGCGACAUGGUGUGGUGGAAAGCAAAAUGUGUACUCACAUUCUUUGAAGUAAAGUCGACUGGUUUUUGGAAAAAGGUUGAAGGGGAGAAGAGCCUUUUAUACCUUUUGCAAACCGCGCUAACGCUAAGCGAGGAUUCAAAAUUUUCAUUUUUUGUUUUGUGCCGAGACAAACAACUUCGGAUUAAGCGCUCGGACAAAGUUAAGGUUCGGAUAAACCGCACGGGCCGAAGCUACGACAUCGUGUGUUACAAGCAUUUCCAUCAGCAGCCGAUGCGAGCAACGGAAAUUGCCGGCAUGGCUGUCUGGAUAUGUGCCACCGAUCUGCAGUACACAACAUUCAGCCAUCAACGUUGUGGCAGUCGGUGA